ACUACCUGUUACUGCACUAUGAGAGCCAUUGUGUUAGCGUUGACCCUCACAAUUGUGGGGAGUCAGUCUAAUAUUGAACCUAAUUUCAGUCAAGGCAAGGCCUAUGUCUACCGUUAUGAAAGUGUUGUGUUAACGGGAUUUCCUGAAGGAGGUUUAGCCAGAAGUGGAGUGAAAAUAAACUGCAAAGUUGAAAUUGGGGAAGCUGGAUCACAUAAUUAUGUACUGAAGAUUCUAGACCCCCGUUUAGAGGAACUCAAUGGCAUCUGGCCUAAGGCUACAUUCCAGGAAGCUCCAAGACUGACCAGAACACUGGCCUCUCAGCUAAUACAGCCAGUAAAAUUCGAGUACAGCAAUGGCCGUGUUGGGAACAUUUAUGCUCCUGAAAGUGUCUCUGAAACUGUUGUUAAUAUCCAGAGAGGAAUUCUGGAAAUGUUCCAAGUUACUAUCAAAAAAUCCCAGAACACAUAUGAUUUGCAGGAGGCUGGGGUUGAAGGUAUCUGCCAAUCAAAUUAUGUUAUUCAGGAAGGCAAAAAAUCUGAUCAGAUUAUUGUUACAAAAGCCAGAGAUCUCAACAACUGCAAGGAAAAAAUUACAAAAACCAUCGGAGCCUCAUACAUUCAGCCUUGUCAUGCAUGUGAACAGAGGAGCAAGAGCUUGCGGGGUAAUGUUGCCUACAACUAUGUAAUGAAACAAAAAAGCUCAGGAGCUUUAAUUACUGAAGUCAGAUCUCAGGCCGUUUACCAGUUUACACCAUUCAAAGAACAAAAUGGAGCAGCCAUUACAGAAGCCAGACAGCAACUAGUCCUGAUUGAUGAGAAAAACUCACAGAUGAAUGAACCUCACAGCCACAUGAAGAAUCGUGGAAAGUUAAUGUAUCAGUUUACUCAAGAAGUCCUACAAAACCCAUUUCAGCUUGUGAGGACAAGAAACCCUCAAGCUCAGAUAGAAGAAACUCUGCAACAUUUAGUGCAAAAUAAUGUGCAAAAAGUGCACCCUGAUGCUCCAGCCAAGUUCCUGCAGCUCACACAGCUGUUACGGUUUGUAAGUUAUGAAGACAUCGAGGCUCUCUGGAAACACCGUUCAUCAAACUCAGAGUACAGGAGGUGGAUACUGAAUGCUAUUCCAGCUGCAGCAACACCAGACGCCCUAAAAUUUAUUAGCCGAAAGAUCCAGAAUGAAGAGGUCACUUACAUGGAGGCAGCAGCGACCCUGAUCCCUGCAAUGCAUAUGGCAAAGGCAAACCAGAAAUCACUGCAGAUAGCAUCAGAAAUUGCAACCUCUCAUUAUGUGAAGAAAUAUUCUGUUCUACGGAAAAUGGCCUUACUCGCAUAUGGCUCCAUGGUGUACAGAUAUUGUAAGGAUCAGGAUUCAUGUUCAGAUUCUGCCCUUCAGAUACUGCAUGAAUUUACAUCUAAAUCCACUGAGACUAAUCAAGAGGAAGAAAUUAUUCUGGCCCUGAAGGCACUCGAAAAUGCAGGGCAACCAGAAAGUAUUAAGCGCAUUCAGAAGUUCCUGCCUGGGUUUUCAUCUGGAGCUUCACAUUUUUCUAUCAGGACUAAGGUGGCAGCUGUGAUGGCACUAAGGAACAUUGCUAAGAAGGAUCACAAGAAGGUACAAGACAUAGUGCUUCAGAUCUUGUUUAAUAAAGAACUACAGCCUGAAGUUCGCAUGGUUGCUGCCACUGUCCUGUUCAGAAGCCAACCUCCUUUGGCCUUAGUAACAGCUGUAGCUGAUUCUCUGCUGAAGGAGACCAAUUUACAAGUAGCCAGUUUCAUCUAUUCUCAAAUGAAAACCUUGGCCAGAAGCACACUGCCUGACCUUCAUACAGUGGCUGCUGCUUGCAAUGUUGCCACCAAGCUUUUAAGUUCAAAGUUUGACAGACUUAGUUACCGUUACAGCAAAGCCUUCCACUUUGAUACAUUUAAAACUGACCUCAUGACUGGAGCAUCACUAGAUGUGUUUGUAAUCAACAAUGCUGCCAGCUUCCUGCCAUCAACAAUUAUGACAAAAUUCAGAGGAAUGUUUGUAAAUGCAAAGGCUAGCAUUUUAGAGGUUGGUUUGCAAGCAGAAGAACUUCAGCAGCUUAUGAAACGUCAGGGCAUCGAUACUCGCUCAACUAUGAAAAGCAAAAUUCAACAAAUAUUAAAAACACUUUCGGGAUGGCGAGAUCUUCCAACAGGAAGGCCACUAGCCUCAGCAUAUUUGAAAAUAUUUGGCCAAAAUGUUAUUUUUGGCAGGUUCAGCAAAGAUGAAAUUCAAGAGAUGGUACAGGCUGUAAAGCAAACAAGAGAUCCAUCCAUUCCAGUGCAGAAGAUAGUAAGGCAGCUUCAGAACGGGAUAAACACUCAUUGGUCAAAACCACUACUUGUAGCAGAAAUUCGUCAAGUCACUCCUACCUGCGUAGGGCUUCCUCUGGAGGUUAGACUACAUGCAUCUGCAGUGGCAGCUGCCAGAAUUAACAGUCAAAUUCAGAUUAAGCCAUCUGUGUCAGAAAAGUUUAGAUUUGCUGAACUGUAUGAUUCAAAGAUUGAUCUGAGACUUGAAGCUACUCCCAGUGCAAUCACACAUGCUGUAGCUAUCAUGGGAGUGAACACACCUUAUCUCAGAAGUGCAAUUGAACUGAAUAUUAAGGCCAGAGCAUUUGCUCCUGUCAACAUUGCAGCAAGCUUAAACAUAAGAGAAGAAAGUUUCAAGUUAGAAACUGAUCCUGUUCAACAAGAAAAUGAAAUUAUAAGUUUGAGAGCCCAGACAUUUGCUGUGUCAGAAAAUACUGAAGAUCAGGAUAUGGCAAGACGAACCCCAGUGCUUCCCCCAUCUGCUGACAGACAGUCCAUCACAAAACAAGAAUUUUCCUCCAGACAAAUCUCAACUGAACAGCACAGUUAUGAAAAUACAUUAAUGAACUCAAAAUAUAGUUCAAGUGAACUACAGAGAAGUUAUUCAUCCACGUCUCAUAAACCUUAUCAAGCUUGUGUAAAAUCAGUGAACUUAGCAGUGGAAGCUUGUAUCAAAGCUACAUCCCAAUGUGGAGGAUUUAUUAGGCAUUCUCCACUCUACUUCCUGCUUGGGGAAAAGGAGGUUCAGAUUUCUCUUAAACCAGCCCAUGCUGAAGGACCAAUUGAGAAAAUACAAGUUGAAAUUCAAGCAGGUGAUAAAGCAGCUUCCAAAAUAAUCCAUUUAGUAGCUGAGGAGGAGGAAGUGACUGCUGCAGAAGAGGAAGAACCUGAAGGCAAAAUGUCUCUCUUGUCAGCAAAGCAGAUUCUGAGAGUUACAUCACAAAAGCAGCACAGCAGGAAACAUGGAAACAAACACUCUAGUAGCUCAUCUAGCAGUGAAUCAUGGAACUUCUACAACAGCAAGAAAGAAAGACAACAGCAGCAGGAUCGAAAUCAAGGACAUAGGCAGCAUUCGCAAAAUCAACACGAAAGGCAAAACAAGGGCAAAAGGAGGAGCAGCAGCAGCAGUGAAGAAAGUAGUAACAGCAGCAGCAACAGCAGCAGCAGCAGCAGCAACGAAAGUGGCAACAGACGCUCUAGUUCUUCAUCAAGCUCUUCUGCUGAGGAUCAGAGGAAGAAGCACCAGUCAGUCUCACACAAUGUACACCAACCUAAUAGGGAACAACAACAAAAGCAAUCCAAACACAGAAAGCAGCAGAGCAGCAGCAGUUCUAGCAGCAGUUCUAGCAGCAGCAGCAGCAGCAGUUCUAGCAGCAGCAGCAGCAGUUCUAGCAGCAGCAGCAGCAGUUCCAGCAACAGCCAUAGGAGAGGCAGUAGAAGGAGCCAGAGCAGUGCAGGCCAGCAGCAGGAUUCUUCUUCAGGGGAUGUAUUUAGAUACAGCUUCAAGUCCACUCCUAAACAGAAGAUGUCCAGGGGACACAGCUCUAAACAAAGACAGCAAUCUUCUUCCAGCAGCAGCAGCAGCCAGAGGCAAAGCAGAAAACAAAGCGGCAGCAGUUCCAGCAGCAGCGGCAGCUCUUCUAGUAGCCAGUCUUCACAGCAGAUUCAGUUCCUGGGAGACCGUACAGCACCGGUAGCUGUGAUUGUUGUUCGGGCUAAGAGGAGUGAUAGCAAACAACGAGGUUACCAAAUUGCUGCUUAUGCAGACUUCAAAGGACCCAAACCCAGAGUACAGCUGUAUGCAGAGGAAAUCUCCAGGUCCAGCAGAUGGAAAGUGUGCGCUGAUGCAGCAAUUUCCAGCAAUUACAAAGCAGCCGCAACUAUGAAGUGGGGCCAGAACUGCAAAGACUACAUGAUCACUGUUAAGGCAAAGACGGGUCAGUUUGCAUCCCAUCCAGCUGUGCAGCUCAAGCUAGAAUGGAGCAGGCUUCCUCAGAUGUUGAAAGAAACCACAAAAAUGGUUGCUGACUAUAUUCCAGGUGUUGCUUUAAUGUCAGGAUUCGGUUAUAAAAUGCAGAAUAACCCUUCUCAUGAGCUGUCAGCAGUUUUAGCUGCAACAUCUCCACGAACUUUGGAUUUAUCCUUCAGAUUACCAAAAGAAAGCUUGUAUUACAGAGGCUUGCAACUACCAGUUGCAUUGCCUGUGACUAAGGACACAGCUGGUGCCCAGUUACCUGAAGCUGUGCUACGUACUCUGCAUAAACUUCCGGAAUUGAUAGCAUCAGCAGACACAGCUGAAUGCACAGCACAGGAGAACACAAUAACAACAUUUAAUAACAUGAAGCUGAACUAUAAAAUGGCUGAGGGUUGUUACCAAGUCCUUGCACAAGACUGCAGUCAGGAACUGAACUUCCUUGUCAUGAUAAAACAAGCUGCUGGAUCUCCUGAAAAGAAAGCACUUAAUGUAAAGUUUCAUGACCUAGAGCUUGAGAUGUUACCGUCGGGUGAUUCCAUCAAGUUGCUGCUGAAUGGUGUUGAGACACCACUAGAGGCUGGUUCAUCAGUGAACUUAGCUGAUUCUGUUUCUCUUCAUCGUGAGAGAGAUAAGGUAGAUCUCCGUGCUUCAUAUCACGGCAUCGAUCAUUUAUAUUUUGAUGGAAAGACAUGCAAGAUUCAGGUUUCCUCUUGGAUGAAAAAAAAAACAUGUGGCUUGUGUGGUCACAAUGAUGGUGAAUUUAUGCAAGAGUUUAAGAAGCCUUCAGGCUCUUUGGCACUGAAUGCAGCAAGCUUUGCUCAGUCUUGGGUUACAACAGGACAGUCCUGCUCUGAAGCUUGUAAACUGCAAAAUUCAUUUGUGAAACUGGAAAAAGAGGUUAUCCAUGAGGGAGAAAAUUCCAAGUGCUAUUCCAUUGAGCCUGUCCUCCGCUGUUUACCAGGAUGUUCUCCAGCUGAAACUAUUCCAGUAACUGUUGGAUUUCAUUGCCUGCCAGCAGAGGCCACUUUAACUAAACCUGAGGCGGAGAUGAGCUUUGAGCAGAAGACCCUGGACCUGAUGGAGACCGUUGAAGCUCAUACAGCUUGUUCAUGCAGUGAUGCAGCAUGUCAGGCAUAAAUCCAGAUGGAGUGUGUUGAAAGGAUAUAAACUACUGUAACUUUUAUGAAGUUUAUUUAAGUAUCAAAAUGUCAGACUUUUACAAUGUUUAUUUAAGUAUCAGUGCAGUCUAAUUAUUAAACAUGAAUGUGCAAAACA